CAAAUGACUAUGAAAUCGAUGAAAUACAACGACUGUGACACCAUAAUGGAUGGGUAUAAUCCAGUGCCACCCCCUCUGCCAAGGCGCGUGCCGCCUGUCAGAAACAUUUAUGCAGAACCUUUCGCAACAGAAACAAGCACAAACAGCCGUGUAUCAGUUAUGCGUGGCCAAGUGGUGACGCCCCAAGGACUAGGAAUUAUCGGAAUACGGGUGUCGGUGGAUCGAGAUUCAAGAUUCGGCUUCACUUUAACGCGACAAGGUGGAUGGUUUGACGUACUUGUGAAUGGAGGAGGAGCCGUUACACUUCAAUUUCAAAGAUCUCCAUUCCGACCAUUGACUCGAACUGUAUUUGUUCCGUGGAAUCAGAUUGUGGUGCUUCCGCCAGUACAAAUGCAGCUCAACGAAGAAGACGAUCAGUCUAGGUUAGCCAUAAAACCAAUACCAGCCAACCCAGCCUACAGUUUUCUAAGUACAUCGCAGUAUCGCUUUCUGGAAGAUAAUCCAUCGCCAUUGGCCGUUUGUCUUGAGCACGAUCAUGAACUUCUCAAACCUCAACUCACUAGUACAUGGAUGCCCAAUGGCGUCGGAUCAGUUUCGGGAAAAAGUAUUAUUUUCGCCGAGACUCAGAUUGUUCAAGAAUCGAUUCAAAUCCCUGGUUCAGAUCUUUAUCUUACUUACCAAUCAUCGCAGGCAUCCGGAUAUAAAAGCAUAGUUCGUAUGCAAUUGACUCAUGACACGAUACCAGAAACUCUAGUUCACGUGCAUAUUGGCGUGCAAAUAGAAGGCUCACUUCAUGUUAAAACAUUCGAAGCUGAUCCCAAAUUAAGCUAUAUAUUUGCUUGGAAUAAACGUAACGUUUACAAACAGAAAGUUUAUGGAACAGCGAUAGCGAGAAUUUCCAUCGGAUAUCAACAUUCAACAUGCAAGGAUAUAAUCUGGGAAAUUCAAACAGCCAAGUUGCAAGGAUUUGAUGUUGAUAUAUCGGAUAUCGGAGGGUGGGGAUUAGAUAUCCAUCAUCAUUACAACUUCCAUGAAGGUAUUCUACAGAAGGGCGACGGAACUACACUUCAUCUAAAAGAAUAUCCUCGAAUAGUCAAACAAGUAAUGGGUGAUGGCCAACAGCGAUCACUUAUCUGUAAGGACCACUGCAAUGGAAUUGCGAAACAUGCUAGAUUGUUAACCCCAGUGGUGCUAACUUCUGGGCCAGAUGGAAGUCUAUAUGUUGGUGAUUUCAAUCUUGUUCGGCGAAUAACUUCCAAUGGUAGUGUAUUCACAGUGUUGGAACUUGACACCACUCAAGUGGCGUAUCAAUAUUAUCUGACUAUAUCUCCAGCUGACGGCCACCUAUAUAUAUCGGACCCUGAAAAGCACAAAAUUUUACGCGUGGUUCAGUUGGAGAAUGUGCCGGAUCCAAGCUCUAAUAGCGAUGUAGUUGUUGGAAGUGGGCAAAGAUGUAUUCCAGGAGACGAGGAAAAUUGUGGAGAUGGAGGACCUGCAAAGCAAGCCAGACUGUCACAUCCAAAGGGAAUUGCGAUCGCUGCAGACAAGACUAUGUACAUUGCCGAUGGCACCAAUAUACGUGCAGUAGAUCCCAAUGGAAUAAUACACACCCUAAUUGGGCAUCACGGUCAUCAUAACCAUUGGAGUCCAGCGCCAUGCAAUGGAGCACUGCUCGCAACCAGAGCACAACUUCAAUGGCCUACAGGCCUCUCGCUAAACCCACUUGACGGAUCAUUACAUUUUAUCGACGAUCGCUUGGUAUUGAAACUUACAGCUGAUAUGAAAAUCAAAGUUGUUGCAGGUGUUCCGCUGCACUGUAACAGUAACGAAGAACACAAUAAAACAACAUCGGAAAACGUCCUCGGUACAGUUGUAGCUAUAGCAUUUGCUCCCUCCGGAGAUUUAUAUGUUGCUGAUACCGAUUCUCGUCGUGUCAAUUCCAUCCGUGUUGUAGAUUCGGCUGGAAACAUGCGUUCCUUCGCUGGUAGGCUUGAGAACGGAAUGCAAUCAUGUGAAUGCACAGGUGAUACGAACAGCACCACUGGUUCAAACAAUCCUGGAAAUAGCUAUAGCACCGUCACGCCAUCGACAAUCAAUCCUACACGUUACGGGGCUUCUGCACCGAAUCCAUCAGUUGCAAUGAUGAUGACUGAUUGCUCUUGUACUCAUUAUGGCAAUUUUAACAACGCUCCCGGGAAUGUAAAGGCUAAGAAAGAUGACAUGUCAGCAACGAGUGCUCCACUUCCAGAAACCAUCCUUUCGUCUCACAUUAAAUUUCAUGCAAUUUCGGCCAUUGCCGUUUCGCAAGAUGGUGUUAUCAACAUAGCCGAUCAAGGUUCGUUGCGCAUUCUGGCGCUCCAACACUAUCUACCUCAACAUGAUACCAAUGGAGAAUUCCAAAUUCCCUUCACACCAACGAAUGAAAUUUAUGUUUUCAAUAGAUAUGGUCAGCACGUGGCUACCAAGGAUCUGUCCUCUAGCAGGACAAGGUAUUCAUUCCUCUAUUCGAAAAAUACUAGCUUUGGAAAGUUAUCCACAGUAACUGAUAGCUCAGGCAACAAAAUACAAUUUUUACGGGACUACAGUAACGUGGUGAGUUCCAUUGAAAACACCCAAGAUCAUAAAUCGGAGUUGAAGAUCUCUUCCAAUGGUAUGCUGACAAGAAUCAUUGAGAGAAAGGGAAAAUCGGAGCUUCAAUUCGAUUAUGACAGCAACAGUGGAUUACUGUUGAGCCGUACUGGCAAUGGCGAAACUUUCAUCUAUCAGUACGAUGAGUGUGGAAGAAUAACAAAAGCAAUUUUGCCAAGUGGUGAAACAUACAAAAUAACAACCGUCCUCGGAGAGAAAAAUGAUGAUUUGGGAGUACUCGUCAGCGAUAGCAUUCAUUCACAUUUCGCCCAAGAACAGGCGAUACCAACACUCUACUCGCUGACGGGAGGUAUUAAGAACGCUAUAAUUGCGAGAGAUGCAGAAGUGACAUAUGCUAAAAUUAAUCACAUCAAUAACUCACUGUCAGUGUCGUGCAACGAUGAUAUAAUGUUGGAGUCUUCGGCAGUUGCUGCACACCCCUUUUUGGAAAAAAUUAUGCCGAUUGAGGCUGAAAUGCUGCCCAUGUGGUCACACCAAACUGUUAAAAUGGGAGAUAAUAUAAUAAAUUCUAUGCAUUCCAAGUACAACUAUGUAGCAAACGAGAACAGUAGGUUGCCUCAGCAAAAGUUUAGCCGAGAGAUAUGGGUGAAUCAAACACGGGCGCUUCGAAUCGAUUAUGAGCAUUUGCAGAACCGAGAAGUGUUCAUCAAUAAAAACGACGAAGUCAUGCUCACGGUCUUAUACGAUCAGUCCGGCCUGCCAAUUUCAUACUAUCCAGGUGGCGAGGCGAGUCACUUCUUCCCUUUGAAUGUGUCGUACGAUCGGUUCAACCGAAUUGAGGGAUGGCAAUGGGGUCCGGCUGAAUUGAAGUACAACUAUGAUAUGAGCGGACUUCUAUCGGAAGUGACCAGCCAACAAGACGGUAUUAUUUCCUACUCAUAUAACGAGCUAAACCUACUGGCAGAGAUUUCGCUAGGAAGUCAGAGAAAGUUCAAAUUAACUUACGACUCGAAUAGUGGCCUUCGUCACAUAACGUUACCUAGCGGUUCAAAGCAUUCCUUUAGUAUACAGUCGUCGAUUGGAUUUAUACGAUUUACGUACACCCCACCUGGCAGUAACAAACCUUAUCUGCAACACUACUCCUAUUCAGGAGAUUUGCUUCAAACAAUUUAUCCCGGUGAUGGCGCACGCAUUGUCUAUCGUUACAAUAAAGCAAACCUGCUAUCGGAAAUUAUUCAUGGAGAUGGUCGUAGUGAAUUCACAUACGAAACUACAUCCAGUAUGCCAUCUGUAGUUGUUCACACAGAACGUGAUCUAGAAUAUCGAUGGGAUUUCAAUUACGACGGCACAUUAUUGCUGGAAGAAAGGAUUGAUUUUUCAGCCAAAACUGGGCUCUCGAAUGCGAAAUUCAGCUACGAAUACGAUAAUAACUUCCGCAUAACUUCAAUUCAAGGUCGUAUAGGCGGUCAAAAUCUUCAAACCCAGCAGUUUGCUUACAGUGAAAAAACGGGCAGCCUUUCACAGAUAGGACAGUUCAAGGUAUCAAACCCUAAUUUCAACCAAACUACAGUCGGCGACGGAACAGCAACUUUUUCACGAACAAUCGAUGGGCGCUUUUUGGAGACCCUUAUAACAGUGAUGAUUCACAGGAUGGCAGUAUUCCGAAUGGAAUUUACCCACGACAUGCAUGGCAGAAUAUCUCAAACACGCACAUACACUCGUAAUGUUGGUGUAAAUACAUACACCAAUGUAAAAAAUUACACGUGGGAUUGUGAUGGCCAACUGAUUGGCGUAGAGGCGCAGGAACCAUGGGGAUUCCGAUACGAUGAUAACGGCAACAUGCUAUCACUAACUUAUCGUGGAAAUACCAUACCUAUGGAAUACAGUAAUACAGAUCGAAUACUGAAAUUCGGAGAAGGACCAUACAAGUACGAAGCACGAGGUCUAGUGGCUCAGAAUGCUCGCGAGGAACGAUUCCACUACAAUUCACAAGGUCUAUUGAUUAGAGCUACUAAAAGAGGCAGAUUUGAUGUACGCUAUUACUACGACCAUCUGAGUCGUUUGAUUACAAGGAAAGAUAAUUUUGGAAACGUCACACAGUUCUUUUAUAACAAUCAAGAACGACUGAAUGAAGUUAGUCAAAUCUAUUCACCACGAGAUGGUAAACUGAUGUCGCUUACGUACGAUGACCGUGGACAUCUAAUCUACGCACAAGUAUAUCGUCACAAGUACUACAUCGCUACAGAUCAGUGCGGAACACCGGUCAUGAUGUUCAAUCAGUACGGGGAAAGUAUAAGAGAAAUAAUGCGAUCGCCCUAUGGUCACAUAGUGUACGAUUCAAAUCCUUAUCUUUAUAUGCCGAUCGAUUUUUGUGGAGGAAUCUUAGAUCAGGUUACAUCAUUAGUUCACAUGUCGAACGGAAAAGUGUACGAUCCUCUGAUAGGCCAAUGGAUGACGCCAAAUUGGGAAAAUGUUGAUUUGAGAAUAGGAAACCCUACCCGUUUACAUCUAUAUCGGUACAAUGGUAAUGAUCCCAUCAAUCGAGAACAUUCACGAAGUCACCCCAAAGAUCACAUGGCUUGGAUUAGCUUAAUGGGUUAUAGCUUAAAAAGUUUAAUACCACAGACAAAUGAACAGUUAUUCAUUCAAAGAAAUCCAUGGAGUCAAGUGAAGCAUUCUUCUUUGAUCAUGCCACAGAUUAUGCAACAUUCUCACAGACCGGAUCCGGUUACCAUUGAAUCGGGACUUCUUUCAUACUUAUCUUCGCGUAAAAUUAAAUCUACAAAAGAUUUGACUACUCCUUCGAAAUCAGCCUUGAAAACGGAUGUUAUGAACAUUGGUCCAUUUAAAAUCGGUUCCGCUUCCGAUCCUCCUUUCGGUAAAGGUAUUAUAGUAACGAGGACACUUGAAGGUCAAGCGAUUGUUUCAAGCGUUCCAGCUGCCAACCCUAUCUAUCGAGAUGUCUACACAUCGGUGUUUAACCGCACCCGAUUGUUGCCGUUUACUUUUGUUGUUCACAAUUCACUACAGGACGCUUUCUUCUUUGUUAAAGAGGACUCGUGGCGGUCGAGCGAAGAUAGACAACAACUCAAACGGCUGCAGGGUCAAGUCAAUACGACGUUCCACGAAGGCUCGAGAGAAAAUGGAAGCGGUAACAAUCACUUGGAUGUUAAAUUGCACAUACAAAAUUCUGUGAUCAAUCUUAAAUACGGAACUACAGUUGAAAAGGAACGACAGAGGCUCAUGCAUCAUGCUAAACUGCAAGCCGUUCGUAAAGCUUGGCAUCGUGAAAAGGAACUGCUACGAAAUGGACUUAUUAGUAGCUACGAAUGGACACAGCAAGAAACUGACGAUAUAAUCAAAAAUGGCUAUGCCAACCUUUACGAGGGAGAAUACAUACACGACAUAAUUCAGUACCCUGAGCUGCUGGAGGAUCCAUUCAAUAUAAGGUUUGUUAAAAAGAAGAUCAACCAAUCGAGGAAAAGGAAACGGAGAGAAACUGACGAAGAGAACAUUUUUCAAAGAAUAUGUACAGACGAAAAAUGUUAGCUGAAUUGAACAAAUAUAUUAUAAAGGAAAAGCUUUCAUAGAAACCUACCAUGAUCGUAAGCUAUGAAGAGUUACAUCUAAUGAUGCGAACGCAGAGGAGUCAACAGAACGAUUAUUAUGUAGGUAAUUUCACAAAAGGUGAUUCGAGCUUUUGAGACUGUCGUCAUGAAUUCUAGACAAAACAUUUUAAUGUGUAAGAAUAAAACAAUAAUCAUAAAGUAUGAAGGCAAAGUGUGUAUGUGUGCGAGCAGAUUUAGAUAUUUACCACAACAAAUAGCGAUCUAAACGACUAAGUCAUAAAACAUGGACGUAGAGCAAAUAUUUAGUAACAAGGUGAUUCAAUUCAUAUACCUUCGACAAACUUAAAUACUCAAAUGCAUUAUUAAUUUUCCGGUCUAACAUUUAUCGAAUGAAAUUGGUAAUUUGAUUUCCUACAGAAAAAAUCGGUUUUUAUUUUCAGAUUAAACCAAGUUUAUAUUUUUGCGUGCCCGAUAUGCACAAAAAUCUUUUCGAAAGUUUUUUUAUAACCUAUUUUUAUUUUUAAAAAAAAUUGCAUUUUGAGCGGCUGAAAUUUCCUUAUUUUAAAAACAAGUACAUAUGUCUGAGCUUUAACGUCUACAUAAAUAUUUUACAAUGACAUUGCCAAACAUGAAAUAUACUUUAGAAAUGAAUCUAAUUGACCAAAAUCUACGGGCAAAAACGUAAAAUGAUAUAUCGCUAGCACAUGGAUCGAAAAGGAAUAUCAAAGAACAAAAGAGUAAAUCAUCUAUUGGAUGGUUAUCAAGGGAAUGUUUAUACGAAGAUAACAGUAAAUAGUUUUGAAAUGCUUCACUUUCACAGCCCAUGCACCCGCAGAUGUUAACGAUAUUGUUGCCAAAUUAAGGUAGGGCGUACUGAUAAGCAAAACAAGUAAUUUUCUAGAGAGCUUGGACAAAGAAACAUUCUUCUCACAUGUCAUGGUUACUCCAGUUCAUUUGAAAACGUAAUAGUUUCCUUGCAUUUCGUAAUAGGCAUUUCCUUGACAUCGCCAAAAAAUUGUAAAACUGUACAUAUACAUAGAUUUAACAAGAGGUAUCAAAGUAUUGAAACGUGAAACUACUGACUGUAUAAUAUUUGAAAAACAUAACUAACUUUAGAUGAUUUAUUGUCAUACUGUAUAUGUUAAUUUAUGAAAAACUAACCUUGUAGGGAUAUUAAAAGAGAAAAAAGUUUCUAAACAAAUUAUUUAGGAUUUGGUAAUCGAGUUAAUAUUCGUUCACACUUACUUGAAAAAUAAACAUCACAAGAAAUAUGAAACUGACAAAUAAAGUAUCGGAAAAAUACACUUGCCUGAUUUUUGAUGAAGAUAAAAUUAUAAUUUGAAUUGCUGACAGUUAAUUUUUUAAAUAAAUAUUCAAGUUCUCAUUAACAUCUAGGUACAAUGAAUUACAAAUAUAGGAUAUUUGACUUUGAUUCGUAACUCAGUCUGAAAUUCAAAUGAUUAAAACCCAUUUUUCAAGAAUUUAGCCUAUAUUGCCAAAGAUAGUGUGAAAAAAGGAGAUUUUUUACAUUUUUUAUAACAAUUUAUUUUAUUCACAUUCAAUUGCAGCAAAUGUUAACGCUAGGCUUAUUAAUUUGAAUUUUGCGUAGGAAUUAUAUUAAUUCCAAUGUAUUUUUUGUCGAUAAGUUUGUAAAAUGUUUUGUGUUUUCUAUUUCAUUAAAAAAAAAAGAGAUCUUGCCAUUGAAUCUAAGAAAUUUUAGGUAUGUCAUUUAGGCCAUUAGAGAGUUUACCGCGCCCGUUUACAUAAAACAGGAAACACCAAUAUUUUGUUUUCUGCAUUCGAACUUUGAGUUCUUAAAAUGGAAUAAUUUCGCACGAAACAGGAAAUCAACGUACAAAAUGAUUGAUUAAGUCUGAGUAUAUUAAAAUAUUUAUUUUAAUUGCCAUAACGCGAGCGUCCAUAGUAAAAAAAAUAUGCUAAGUGGGAUGAUUUUUGAAUUUCUAUGAGCAAAAAAUUAUUUUUAAUGGGAAUGAGUGAUUUAAAGUUUUUAAUCUAGUUUUAUGUUGGACAAAACAAAAGUUUUUUAAAACGAUACAAAGCAACAUCAGAAAUUCAAAAAAUGAUGCUAUAUUCUACAUGAAUGCCGGGCCGUAGGAAGAACCGACUCAUGGGGGUGAGGGGGAGAGAGAUUUAUCUAUGAUUUUUUACCCGAUAAUGCACGAAUUUAAAAAAAAAAUUAUGUUUGUAACUAUAUAAUUUAAUUGUAAUAAUUUUCAUGACACGAAUAGCCUUAUAGGUGUAAAGUGUCACUAAUAAAGGAAAAAAAAAACUAUAUAAUUAUUCAGUUUUCGCAUUAAAGUUAAAAUCUUUGAAAUUGUUUAAGAGUUUGGUAGAUAAAACGUAUUUGAUUGAGCAUAACAGAAGUUUUUCAGGAGAGCUUCAUUUUCUUGAAAAAAAACUUAUUCCAUGCUCAAAUCAAACAAGCUUAAUCUUCCAAACUCUUUGGCAAAUUCAAAGAUUUUAACCAUUGAUGAAAAUAAAUCAAAUUUUCAAAAAUAAAAGUAAGAGAUAAAUUAAAUUUUGGGUCUAAUUUGCUUGAUGCAAACUUGAACCAAAUUUAUGAUUUUGGUUUGAAAUUUGGCUUUUAAAAAACUGCAAUAUUAAUAAUGUUAAACAAAACAUCGCAAAACUAUAGAAUUUUGUGAAGAUUUUUUGAGUGAAGAUCAGGUACAUGUUUCUUCAACAGCAAAUAUUUUGCAUAAAGUAUCAAAUUUUUUAAAUGAACCAAAACACAAAACUUAAAAAAACUAACUGAAAUUCUACUUUAUAUUUGGGAUUUUCAGCUGAAUUGUGUUUGUUGUACAAACUAAUUUUUAUUAAAAAAAUAUAAUCUGCAAAUUUAUUUGACAAGCAAAUUUUCAAGUUCAUGAUCUCUUGAAUUCCCUCAAAUCAGUAUGUUGAUUGUAAAACUCAUUUACAAGCUACCUACAUGUAUUUUUGAAUUUUGAAUCUGCAUUCUUUACCUGAAUUCAAAAAUUUUUCCUCGGUAAUUAAAUCUGUUUACGAAUUUCUAUACGAUUCUGAACUUUAUGAGCCAAAGCCCUCAUUCAUGAAUCUAUAACUUAAAUUCUGUAGUUCUGGUUUAAUUACAAUUCAUUAUUUAAAUUGUUUAUUUUUAGUUUUUUAAUUAAGAUUCACAAUAUCUGAAUUAAAUUUUGGAUCGCCAUUUUGGAGCUUUAAAUAUUUGAAUUUUGUGUGAAAAAUAAGUUUAAGAACUUUUUUUUUUAUUCAUAUUCGGAAAAGUAUUAUCAAAGAAUUGAGAAUGCAUAUAAUUUUCCAAAAACAUGAUACAAAUUUGAUAUGAAAUGCAAAACCAAAAUUGAACAAGGAUUUUAAAGCAACUUUUCAUUUCUAGAUCAAUCAAAAAUACCCCCGGUCCUCGGCCAUGCAUCAAUGAUUGUCAAACUAAGAUCAAAUUUACAAUUAACAGAUUAAUUUACAAUUAUAUCUAAUAUUCCCUUUAAAAAAUCAGUCGUCCAACAAGCUGAACCGAUAGGUUUAACAUUGCAAUGUUUUCAACAGAUAGUGAAUUCUGUUCCGUGUAUUUUUGAAACAACUAUCAUUGUCGUAGAACAGACUAACGCAUUUAGGGAUUUGAGAUACCUACUCCGAUGAGUUAUAGACUAUUUGUUACUUAUCCGACCACCUACUAUGCUAUGAAAACAUUUGAAUCUG